AUGUCGUCCACCAGCAACGCCUCCAUUGACAAGUUCAACGGAGACAAUUACGCAACGUGGAGCCGGUACAUGCGCGGUGUGUUUUUGACGAAGUCCGUCUGGCACGUCGUCAACCGUGAAGUGACUCCGACUUUCACCGACCCGCGAGCGUCCGAUGACUACGUCAAGGCAAGCAACGUCGCGUUUGGUAUGAUGCUGCUGCACAUGAACGCGGACUACUAUCAUGUGCUGGACAACUGCGAGGAAGCCUGGGUUGCGUGGACCAGUCUGAAGACGCUGUACGGUGGGUCGCAGAAGGCAGGACGCAUCUACCUCAAGCGACAACUUUUCAGCAUCAAGAUGGCUGAAGGCGCGAACGUCAUGCAUCACUGCAACGAGGUCCUCAACAUCUCCGCCAAGCUUAGCGGCAUCGGUGCGAAGAUGGAAGACGAAGACGUUGCAAUUUGUCUGCUACUCAGUCUUCCGAAGAGCUACGAAAAUGUGGUACUCAACAUGGAAAUGAGCAGCACCGAGCUUCGCACUCAAGAUGUGGUGAGAGUCCUGACGAAUGAGCAUGCCAAGCGUCAAGGAGAAAAAGGGACAACGACAGCGACUACGGUGAAGGCUGAAGAUGCAAGCAAGGCAUUCAGCGCCGAGCGUGAGCCCUACCAAUGCACGUAUUGUGGCAAGGUGGGACACACGGUGGAUCGUUGCUGGACAAAGCAGAAGAACGAAGGUCGGGGAGCCCGACGCGGCGGCAAUGGUCGUGGACGCGGGGCUAACAAUGUCCAGUGGGGACAUCAUGAUGAAGGCAAUGGCUACGAUCGAGUGGCGUUUGCAGUCUCGUUCGAAUGUGGAGUUUCGACGAGCAAGGACGUGUCUGGAAUAUGGUCCGUCGACAGUGGUGCAACGCACCACAUUUGCCACGACAAGACCAAGUUCGCAAGUUUGGCAGAGCGCAAUGAGGGCGAACUCUUGGUGGAUGAUGGCAACAAGGUGGCCAUCAAGGGUGUGGGAACCAUCAUGGAAAAGGUGGUUCUGCCCAACGGUGAAGAGCGUGAGAUCGAAAUCAAGAACGCGCUAUAUGUUCCAAGUAUGAGCAAGAACCUGCUCUCGGUGCCACAGAUUAACAGCCAUGGCAAGUUUCAAGUCGUGUUUGACGGGUCCAAGAUGUAUGUGACUCUCAAGAACUCACAGCAAGUGGUGGCGACAGCGGAUCUCGUGGAUGGACUCUACUGGCUUCGGACGACUCAACGAUCAGCGAAUGUGACAACAAGUGGAACCAGUUGUGCCGAUCUACAUGCGAGAAUGGGUCAUGCUCCAGUCGAUGUACUUCUCAAGAUGAUCGCGACCAACAUGAUCAAGGAUGUGCGAGUCCCUCUCAAGUCGGGUGGAGCAACUACAUGUCGAGGAUGUCAACAAGGGAAAAUGGUCCAAAAACCAUUUCCAAGCAACCGAGACAAGCGCAGCUACGAUACGUUUGAGCUGCUUCAUCUGGACAUCUGCGGGCCCAUGGAAAAGGAUUCGCUCGGUGGCAGCAAAUAUUUGCUGCUGAUCAUCGACGAAGCCAGUGGAUGCAUGAAGGGCUUUUGUCUACGAGUGAAGUCCGAGAGUGAAGACUACAUCCGGAAAUAUAUCACCAUGGUACAGACGCAAUUCUGUAAGAAGGUCAAGUUCGUGCGACACGACGGAGCUCGCGAGUUUGCAACCAACUCGCUUCAGCUGUUCUACGAAGACGAAGGCAUUGAACAGCAGACAACGGUGCCGUAUGAACAUCAAACAAACGGAACAGCAGACAAUGACGGUCAUCUACGUCAAGAAUCGCCUACCGUCACCAAAAAUGUGCAUAAGACCCCGUUUGAGAUCGUGUACAACUCCAAGCGAAGUUUCAAGCACAUGCGAGUAUUCGGCUGUCAGACGUACAUACUGACGCCUAAAGAGAAUCGACUCAAGUGGGAUCCAAAGGCUCGCGCUGGCAUAUUCGUUGUUGUCAGUCACAAUGUCAACUUCGACGAGUCCACCUUUGGACUUCAACUGCCGAUCACUGAUGAAGAUGUCGAUGACCUGGACUUCGACUUGCUGGAUCUUGAUGACGAAGAGCUGCGUCAAAUGGAGUAUCAGCAAACUGGCAAGCGCAAGAACCGACUCAAUGAUGAAGAUACAGCAGCUCCACGACCGCGUGCAGUGCGUCAACGACCAGGACUAGAAGAGUCAAGCGCGCCGGAAAACAACUCGUCACGCCAAGAAGAAGACGAAGAAACGAAGGAUUCUGGUGAUUCAACACCGCCUGUGUUUUGGCGUGCGAGUGCAAAUGCCGUUGAAGCAGCAGUGGACUUAUCAGAGCCCUCAACAUUUGAAGCAGCAGUAAGCGGCCCUGACCAAGUGCACUGGAGAAAAGCAAUUCAUGCAGAGCUCGAGUCAAUGCGACUUCGCGGUGUGUUUCGUGCAGCCAAGCUGCCCAACGGACAACGCGCCAUUGGCACAAAAUGGGUGUUCAAGAUCAAGCGCAAGGCGGAUGGGUCAAUCGAGAAGUACAAGGCACGACUUGUGGCCAAGGGUUUCCGCCAAAAGUAUGGCAUCGACUACACGGAGACGUUUUCGCCUGUGGUCAAGUAUGUGACGCUGCGAAUGGUGAUCGCAAUUUCCAAGUAUUUUGGAUGGCCCAUCGACCAGCUUGAUGUGGUGACAGCUUUCCUGUAUGGCGUCAUGAAGGAACAAGUGUUCUGCGUGAUUCCUGAAGGCGUCGAACUUGACAGUACGUUCGACUGCCUGGAAUUGGUGAAGUCAAUUUACGGCCUCAAGCAAGCGUCGCGAGUGUGGAACGAGACGUUCGACGAGUAUGUGUGCUCCAUCGGAUUUCAAGUAUCGGACUUCGACCCAUGUCUCUACAUCAAGACAUCGGAAGGCCAUUGCGUGUUUAUACUGGUCUACGUGGACGACGUCUUGGUGACUGGAAGCUCGCUCGAGCUGAUUGCACAAACCAAGAACGACCUGAAGACGCGGUUCGAGAUGACGGACAGCGGCAAGUGUGCGUUUGUUCUUGGGAUCGAGCUUUUGGACGGUGAAGAUGGCAGUGUGACACUAUGUCAGCGUCGGUAUGUCGAUGAUAUCCUCAAGCGCUUUGGCAUGUAUGAUUGCAAGGCAGUCGCAAGUCCAGUCGACAUGAGCUCUCGACUUGUUUCAAGUGAUGCAACUACCAAGGUCGAUGCUCCUUUUCGCGAAGCUGUUGGUGCGUUGAUGCACCUGACCACUGCAACGCGUCCGGACAUUGCGUUUGCUGUGGGCUAUGUGUCGCGGUUCAUGGAAAAUCCCCAAGAAGAACACUGGGUUGCAGUUAAGCGUAUCUUUCGCUACCUACAAGGCACUAAGACGCAUGGAAUUUGCUACAAGCCAAGUGCAAGGAUCGACUUCCGUGGAUAUUCGGAUGCGGAUUGGGCUGGUGAACUUACCGACCGCAAGUCAACAUCGGGGUACACGUUCAUGCUACUCGGUGCGCCAGUGAGUUGGGGCAGCAAGAAGCAGCCAAGUGUUUCGCUGUCCACGACUGAAGCUGAAUACAUCGCACUCAGCUUGACGAUUCAAGAGGGCAAGUGGAUUCAUCGUCUGCUUUGUGAGAUCGUGAUGGCUGCCAAUGAAGAAGGACCGGAACUCAUGAUUCAUGAAGACAAUCAGUCAUGUAUCAAGAUGACGAAGAACCCGGUCAACCACGGCCGUGCCAAGCACAUUGAUAUCAAGUACCAUCACAUCCGUGAUGAGGUCAAGCGCGGUGAAGUGAAGCUCAAGUAUUGUGAAACUGCGGUGAUGUUAGCGGACAUCAUGACGAAGGGACUUCAUGGACCACGCCACAAGGAGAUGACGACGGCUCUCGGGAUUCGUGAGCAUUCGGAUUGA